AUGGGUUCUGGCAAGGCUGUCUAUCAGCCUCCCCUCCCUCAGCCGUACAGAGACGAACCUGACCAUGCAGAGACAUCAUCAAUGUCUUCUGCAGUCCUCCUAGACGAUGUCGAAGCAGCUUUCCCUGACGAAGAACUUCCACCAUAUCAGGACACUCCGUCAGAAGCUCCCUUGGCACCAGCGGCUCCGACGACUUCAACGGCAAAUCAGACCUGGGCACAUGGCGAGAUCCAGCUCCUACCAGACAACAAGCGCGGGUACAGAGGCACGCGGAUUCCGUCGAUAAAACCUACAGUCAGCGACGAAUCAGAUGGAGAAGAUGGCGCAGAUGAGCUACGGAGAUGGUGCGACCGCUAUGUGGCAGAUAAAUCAGGCUGGAAAUCAUUUACGCUCAAACGCAAGAUCCUGAAUCAUGACAAGAGGAAACUCGAGCAAUUGCUACGGUCCGCCAUUGCAGAGACAAACUAUCGUGGCCAUCUGUCUGUGGAUUUCCCUGAGCAGAAGACGUCCCUGAUCGUGUACAGUCCAGGCAAGAUCAACGAGUGGAGAAUCACGACCUGGAUUCGAUGGGUAUUCUACUGUACAUUCCUCUGGCUAUUUUCCUGGCCGUUCCUAUUCUUCAUUACGGCUAGAUACGAGACUGUGAAAGUCGUAUAUAGUUAUGCGGAUUCGCCACCCGGAGACGAUUUGACAAGGAGAUGCACGGUCAUGACUGAGGUUGAGUGGUUCCAUCGGUGGCAGAGCGCGAUUAAGAGAGCGGCCGUUGCAAGGAUGGUUUGUAAAGACAGUGCGCUUGAUGAGGCGUAUCGUAUUGCUACAGAGAGGGCGGAUGCUAGGGGUGAGGCUAUGGGGAGCCAGCCUGAAAUUCCGAGGACGGGGAAUGCGUUUGCCGAUGGGGCAAUAGGGAUUCUUGGGCAAGGAUUGAGGUUGGCCUCGGACUAUAACGACAUGAGGGGUUGGGGUGCCGAUUCCUAA